CUGACGUCUAUUUACAGCGCAUCGUUUUUGUUUAUUGUUCAGUCACAUCAAAAAUGAGCUUAUAUAUGAGGCUGCAGCUGGUUUAACUGGAAACAUUUGAGGUCCGUCGACUGUUCGAGAUCAUUGCACACGGUUGUCACAAAGCAUAAGCAUCGGGUAAACAGAAGGGAAACAUCAGAGAAACACAAUGUUACUACCCCCGCACCAGGAAGUCUGCAAUCCCGGCUUUUGUGAUUGUCCGUUCCCCAAUUCCAUCGAGGUCACCAAUCACAAGGGUCACAUUCCCGACCUGGUCAGUUGCCGAUGCGGCGAGGAUGAGCCUGGCAAUGUUAGUCCAUGGAGAUGGCACUCCACAGACGAAUCUGAUGCCUUAGUUACCGACCGGGACAUUAUCUUUCAUCCCACAUACAGCCAAGGUACCGCGAUUGUUAGGGGAGAUCGGGCCCUUAAACCAGGCAUGGUCCACUUUUGGGAAAUGCGCGUCAUCACGACUUUAGCCGGCACAGAUGUGAUGUUCGGCAUCGGUACGGAGAGCGUUAAUCUAGGGCAAUUCAAGUUCCACUUUGUCUCGGCUCUGGGCACCAAUGCCCAGUCCUGGGGCUUCUCGUAUUCCGGUCGGAUUCAGCACUGCGGUGAGCAGCUGCCAUACGGUCAGAAGUUCUCGCAGGGUUGCCUAAUAGGAGUCUGUUUGGAUCGAACGCGAGGCCAUCUGGAGUUCUAUCUGAACCGCAGAUCUCUGGGUGUAGCCUACACCAAUGUGCCUACGGAUCCGGAUAUAAGAAUAUAUCCUAUGGUCUGCUCGACGGCAGCCAAGUCUGUGAUAAGGCUUAUCAACUGCACGUCGCAACAGGUGACGCUGCAGCUGCGUUCCUUCCAAGCUUUGUCCAAGCAGCCGCUCAAGCUAGCUGAACUACGUCAAAUGCCGGGUCUCAGGGGUAUCCUACAGUCCUACUGGUUCCUAGCGCCGCCAAUUCGUUAUUCCCGGAACUCCCGCGAAAACGAAUUGGAUCUGGGCGACGAGGCGGUACUCUCUAGCUCCAAGCUAAGACGAGGGCGCAAACAAAAAUACCGAGAAUCUGACGAUGCGGCCGUUGACGAGGACGACUUGUACGCCAAUGCCCACAAGAUCACGUUACGGAGCAGUGAUAGCGGGGACGAGGAGCACCCCGCAUCCGUCCACGAGAUGUGCGACGAAUACUUCCACUACCUAUUGUAACACUUCGAAACAUAUCAAAUUAUUUAAAUGUGCAUUUAUUUGAAGAAGUGUUAUAAGUGUAUUAUGUAGAAUUGUUAAAAUAACGUUGUAUUUACAUACGUUGUUUGAACUUUUUAAAAGUCGACUUGUAAAUUAAAAGAAAUCGAAAUCAUAAACAAAAUAGAAA